GCCGCAUCCCAGCGUAGCCCCGCUCCCCCCGUCUCUCGGGCAACGCAGCGGCCCCGCCCCGCCAUGGCGCCUGAGGAGAGGGCUGAGGCUGCGCCCCUGCUGCGAAGUUUCGAGCGCUGCUUCCUGGCGGCGCGCGCCCUGCGCUCUUUCCCCUGGCAGAGCCUAGAAGAGAAAUUAAGGGACUCGUCAGGUUCUGAGCUGCUGCUGGAUAUUUUGCAGAAGACCGUGAAGCAUCCUCUGUGCGUGAAGCAUCCACCGUCAAUGAAGUAUGCCUGGAGCUUUCUCUCAGAGCUCAUCAGAAAGCACGAAGCUAUCCACACGGAGCCUUUGGACGAGCUGUACGAGGCGUUGGCGGAGAUCCUGACGGCCGAGGAGCCCACCCGGUGCCACCGGAGCUACCUGCUGCCCUCCGGGGACUCUGUCACGCUCUCCGAGAGCACGGCCAUUAUUUCCCACGGCACCACUGGCCUGGUCACGUGGAACGCCGCGCUCUACCUGGCGGAGUGGGCCAUGGAGAACCCAGCGGGCUUUGCUCACAGGACUGUCUUAGAGCUUGGCAGUGGAGCCGGCCUCACGGGCCUGGCCAUUUGCAAGAUGUGCCGGCCCAGAGCAUACGUCUUCAGCGACUGUCACAGCCAUGUCCUCGAGCAGCUCCAAGGGAACGUCCUUCUCAACGGCCUGUCAUUGGAGCCAAAUGUCACCGCCCUGGCCCAGCACCCAGGACACGACACCGCUGAUGCAGAGAGCCCCCGGGUGACGGUGGCCCGGGUGGACUGGGACGUUGUGACGGCCCCUCAGCUUGCUGCCUUCCAGCCGGACAUCGUCAUUGCUGCAGAUGUGCUAUAUUGCCCAGAAACUGUCCUCUCCCUGGUCGGGGUCCUGCAGAAGCUCUCUGCCUGCCAGAAGGACCAGCGGGCUCCUGACGCCUACGUUGCCUUCACCAUCCGCAACCCGGAGACGUGUCAGCUGUUCACCACGGAGCUGGGCCGGGCUGGGAUCCCGUGGGAAGAAGUGCCUCGUCACGACCAGAAACUGUUUCCCUACGAAGAGCACUCAGAGAUGGCAAUUCUGAAACUAAUGCUGUAGAUUUAAAAAUGGUUUUGAAGAAUAAUGUGAAAAUUAAAUCACUGUCCUGGAAAGAAUCUGAUAAAACUUCCACUGGACUUGAAUGUUUGAAGAAUGUUAAAUUCUGAAUCGGGAACCACAAACUGUUCUAAUAAAAUAUAAACUGUUCAAGCGUGUAGGUACCCCUCUCUGCCAGCUGGCUUAGUUCUUAAGAAAAUCACCAUAAAUCAGAAAUGAAA